AUGCUAAAGCAACUACUUCAAGGGCAAGCUGAUGGGGUAGUGGACACAAGCAAGAAGCUAGCUGAAAUAAACUCUAAGAUCGAGAACCUCAACACAAGGGUUUACUCUCUGGAGAAUCAUGCUUCUUCUGUUGCUGCUGCUACAAAGCAAGGACAACUACCUGGUAAAGCUAUUCAGAACCCCAAGGAACAGUGCAAGAGAUUGUUGCUGCUGAGGCUCCUGGAGUCCAGAUUGAUCAACCAGAAGUGCAGGCACCUACUGUGGCCAUUCACACUUCACCAGUUGAGCUCGCACACAAGCUCGAUCGGCAGCUCGAUCGAGUCCAACUCUAGCUCGAUCGAGUCCGACCUCUUCUGUCCGACAGCCUUUUUGCUUGAUCCUUACCAACCGGUUGCCGCUUCCUCGUCUCGCCUACUUAGUCAAGGUCACAAGGAAGUGAUUCACAAGUUCAGAAGAGAUCUCAGUGGGAUUGGAAUUGAGUUGCCUCCUAUGGAUAGCAUGAGUGAGGCAUUUGAUCAAAUGCAAAUGGUCAAGGAUGUUCUAGCCAACAGUGAUAAAGUUUCAGAGGUCCUACAAGAGUCUACUCAUCAGUUCAACCUGCUUACUUCACCCACCUUCCUACCAAAGGUCAAGGAUCAAGGGAAAUUCACUCUCCCUUGCACACUUGGGCAUCUUGAGAUUGACAAUGCCUUAGUGGAUUCUGGAGCAAGCAUCAAUCUGAUCUCUCUCUCCAUGGCAGAGAAGCUAGGCAUUGCUGGAGCCUUGCAGCGCCCUACUACUUCAAUCAUGUUUGGAGAUGCAACUUCUAAGUCUCCUCUUGGAGUGUUCAAGAACUAUCACUUGAAAAUUGGAGAAUGCAUCAUCCAAACUGAUCUCACUGUGAUGGAAAUGGAAGAAGAGAAGGAUUUACCUCUGUUAUUGGGAACCCCUUUCCUUAGUACAGUUGGCGCUUCAAUAGACUUUCACAAGCAAGAAGUGAUCCUUCACAAGGUGAAUAGUUUGGUGUCAUAUCGCUUGCAGCCUAGAGGGUUGACAAGGAACCAAGAGUUGGGAAGGAUAAGGAUGAGAGAGGACCAAGGAUUGAGAAGCCACGUCUUGAGAGGGCUAGAGUUGAGAAACCACGUUCUGAGAGACCACGAGCUGAUAGACUUGUUCAAGCCCCUUGUGUGCUUGAUGAAGAAAGCCUUCAAGCUUUGUUUGAUGAGCCACUAG